GACCCGAUUCCGCUGCAGCGACGAGACGUACUACGGAUCGUCGGUCUUUCGUGUAUUUAUAAAUCUGAGAUGGCUCGGACCGUCAUCUGCCUCCGGUAUUUUCUGCUUGCCUACGUCAUCCUACUCGGCAUAUCUGGAAUCAUCGUUUGCGUCGGUUCCGGGGUCUUCAUUUAUCAGCUCAAGGAGUACAGCCCUCUAACUCCGGAGGGUGUUUGCGGACCAGCGAUUCUUCUACUUGUCGCCGGCUUGGUAACGUGUCUGAUCGGAUGGUGCGGUUGGCACGUCAUGGAAUUGACGCGCAGGAUACAGAUAAUAUGUUUCUCACUAACGCUGGCGGCGCUGGCAACCGUUGAAAGUGGAACUGGAAUCUGGGCUUUAAUUAAACACGAAGAAAUCGACACUUUACGCACGGCUGCUUUGGAGACGAUCUUCGCCCAGGCAAUCACAGACGAAAAGGCUAUCUGGGAUCGGAUGCAAAUUAGGCUGCAAUGUUGCGGCAUCGACGGACCUUCGGAUUACCGAGUCACGGAUUCCGUCCCCUGGUCAUGCUGCGACACGACAUCGCAAUCGGAUCCUACGACGACGGCAGCUGCGGCUUGCACAAAGAUGUAUUCCAGGGGAUGUUUGCACCCCGUUACCAACCGGACAAAGUCCAUUUUUCUACACAUCUUUUUACUCGCCCUUUGCUCCGUACUCGUCCAGGUGUGCGGUGUGAUAAGUGCCUGUUUCUUUGCGCGUGGUAUAAAGGAGGGCGCGGAAAGAAGGCGGCAAGAAAUUCUGCAAAAUGGACAGCCGACCGUCACCGCGAAAACGAAUCAACCCUCCUCGGAUACGGAGAUUGAUUCUCGACUGGUUUUCAAACCCCCGAGACCCUCCAGAACGAAGACGUAGUUUUUAAAACGUAGUUUACACUUAAGGUUUUCAGCUCGAUUUUAUUGAUACGAGCCGAGAUUUGUUCCUAGUUUUAGCGUAGAGUUAAUCGAAACCGAACUGAAUAUUAUAUUUUAUCCAUACGAACGUUCAUUUAACCAUUGUAUCAAAUAAACGAUUCAUAAAUUCAGAUACUUAUCUACAGUUUCUUACGCGCUACACAUUAUGCCACGAGAUGGAAACUUUCUGUUUCGCUCCGAUGUAAAAUUCAUAAUCUAGACGUUUGAGCCUCAAUUUUUCUCCAGUUCAUUUGGAAUAGAAUUUUUCAAUUAAUCGGGAAAUUUUCAGAACGGUGGGAAAUCAACCAUUCGAUUACGAUCCAACCGCGGAAAACUUGCGCCCAUUCUUUCCUCGAGUUGAAAAAAUGUGGUGACCGUUGAAUUAUACUUCGGAGAAUAUUUACUUCACCACAAUCACCAUUUGCCCGACUUGAUACAGUCCGUCGUUCAAUUAUCUUAUCGUAUAGGCGAACCGCGAGUUAGUUUCGUAUAAUAUUUGCAAUCCAAACUCAAUUUCAACAUCGCACAACGAGGACGAUUUUGAGUUAGUGAAUAUCGUGGUUCGUUCGCGCAUCGAAAUUUAGAAUUUCAUCUGAUUGUGAGUAUACCGAGUUUGACCGGAGACCAAGUUCGUGCUUCAAUUUACGCAUAAAGUAUAAUGACGUCAGCUCGAACUACGACAUUAAUAUAUGAGACACGAUGAUUAGUCAACGCUUCCGAACUACAGGAGUCACUCACUGUAUACGUCACCGACGAUUUUAUGAUAUGCAUAUUCCACGAUCGUUCUACCCGUCUGAUCCGUCUGAUCGCGAAGUCCGAUCUCCGCAUCUCGAUUGGCCUUCCAGAAACUUACGAUACCGAUAAUUUUGAAGAGCUUCGAUCGAUUCAGAUAUCGGUAUACAAUUUUCUCUCUACAAAUAUUACAAUUUGCGAAUUUGAGAAACGAGUGACGUGUCAGUAGGUAUUAGUCUAUGUACAUGUAUUUACACGAGCGACAUGGAAGUUUUGAAAUUUCACUAAAAUGGUCAUGACGCAUCAUAAUUGCAGCCCGGAGAGAAACUCAAAGUUUAGUAUACUUUUACCUGUAUAAUUUUGUAAACGUUGUACGUUGACUAGAAAAUUUCGGUGUACAUAUAAAGCAUCUUUAUGUAUAAAAAUCGGUUUUAAAAUUCUGGAUCUCACAUGUGAGCUGUGUAAGAGGAUAAAAACGAUAUGAGGAAAAUUUACAGAGAAAGAAAAAAAAGAAAUCAUCAAACCCGUCACAUUAGCCCAGCGUAACCGCGACGUGUCAGCGUGUUCCAUCGUAAUGACACACUAUACGUUCAAACACGCAUGUAGUUAUACAGCACAUAUGCGAACGAGGAAUAGAAUAAUUGAAUUCGGAGUCGCCGGUUUAUGUAACGCAGCCUUUAACGUCGAUGGUGCAGCGCUGUCGCAAUUUGGCUACGCGUACUUAAUUUUUAUACGAGAACGCGAGGGUGUAACUAUAUAAUUACACAAAGUGUUAUAAAUUUAUGUAGACAAUAGGAACAGUUGAUUCCUCUCCUGAUCUUAUCCUCCGCAGACACACAGAGUGUGAAACAAUUAGUAUCAUGGGAAAAAAAAAGAAGAAAUUUUCGAAAAAGAAAGUGCAAUUACGUGCUCGUUAUUUUAUUUGAUUUUUUUGUAUAUCUGUUGAUUUUUUCUUUUUUUUUCUUUUCAUCUAGGAGUUCCGAGGCUGUAUAAUAUCAAUAAAUAUGAAGGCCUAGAGAUAAAAGUGGAUGAUAACCUUUGGUUGAAUUGAACAUUAAACGUAUGUGCGGAUGAACUUCUGACUUUGAGAGGAUUCACGCAUUCGAUGCAACGUGUAGAGUAAAUGACGUGUCAAAAAUUGAGAUUGAAAAACGAGCUUCGACUCUCCGUAAGAUUUUCAGUUUUUCACGCGUGAUAUUACAAUCGUAAAAUAUUCCAAACGUUUGCGAAUUACGGCAACUACGUAACGUGUGCCGGUUAGAAAUUUUUACUAAAAAUAUCUGGGGCACGCUCAACUCGUCAAUUGUCGCGACACACCCGCGUUUCCAUGACGUAUUCCGUAGGAACAACGGAAGAGUCUACGCUGAAACGAAAUUCAAAGGACCUAAUUAAUUUUCAUGAAGGAAAAAUGAAUUAAAGACAACGGCUACAGCGUUUCUGUAGCGUCUAAAAUGCGAGAAUCUAAAAUCUAGGGCACGUCGCGAAAAAACCGUGGUUCAAACCAGCAGCACCGUCGCGACAUCACGAUCAUUGGGGACCCGUUCUCCAAUCCCCGUAGCCGGUCGGCGCAUUGGCGUCGCUUAGCUCAGGCCUGCGCGCGUUCAAAUUUUUCGAUUAACACUUUCCGCAUGUUCGAAUAAAAAUCGAAAUUCAUCGAAUUAAAUAUAGAAAUUGGGCAGUUUCCAAUAACUAAUAUAACGUAGCAACUACACCACGACAAUUUAUCACCAGAGCGCAAGAUAGCGAUUAUUAAAAAACACAUUUCGGAGAUAAGACAGGUGGGGCAGGCAGUAUUGUGUUAUACUGGAGUACGACACCAGCAGGAGUCAGUUGAAUCUGUACCAUCGUCCGUUACUGACAGCUGCAGUGAAGAAGGCGCGAACGGUUCACCGUCGAACGAACGGAUUUUACCCAUUUUUCCGUGAAAUAUAAAUCCAGGGGUAACCAGUGCCAGGGAAAAUAUUAUUUAAAAGAAGAAAACCUCUAUAACAAUCAA